AUGGCUGCAGUGUUUACAUGCUGCCUGGGCUACUGUUGUAGUGAUGGACGAUCCGAUCAUAAACCUCUUAAAGAAAUGCCCAUCGACACAAACGAUGCAGGCGCGGAUGUGGUGCUGGUGAGGAGCGGGGGGCGGGUUUGUGGGAGCGGGGGGCGGGUUUGUGGGAGCGGGGGGCGGCUGACCAACGCCCCUCUCCACCAGAACAAGAGCUGCUUCGAGUUCAAGGUCCAGUCCACGGGUGUGUGGGGAGUCGGGGUGGCCACACAGAAGAUGAAUCUAAACCAGAUACCUUUGGGUCGAGACAGUCACAGUUUGGUGCUAACAGUGUGCCACAGGAGGGAGACAUUGUGGUAAGAAUUGCCUACCAGAAGUGGUCCAAGGAAGGGCAACUGGUGAACCAGUGACAGGGUCAUGGGUGUAACCUAUGACCAUGUGGAACUGAACCUGUAUUUGAAUGGGAAGAACAUGCAGUGUCCAGCCUCAGGCAUCCGAGGGACUGUGUUCCCUGUAGUUUAUGUGGAUGAGAGUGCUAUCUUAGACUGCCAGUUCAGCGACUUCUACCACUUUCCUCCUCAAGGCUUUGAGAAGAUCCUGUUUGAACAGCAGAUCUUUUGGGCCUUCUGCUUCACAUGCACUUGCAGAGAAGCCAUCGUCAGGGCUUUAUGAGAAGUGAUGCUGGUGGAAAGGGUGUUGCGCUGCUCUGUCUUAUUGUUUAUGCCUUCUCUGUUGCUGCUGCCAUAGUCCACAGGAAACAAGCCAGGUGUUUGUUCUGUAUGCGAGAAGAAAUCUUAAACCAUCUCUGAGUGCACACAUAGUCAGCCAUACACAUGAAUGUCAAAUUAGGUUGGGUUUCUGUUUUUAUUUAUUUUUUUAAUAUAAUGUAGCCUGUAUUAUAAUUUGACCCUUGUUAUUUUGUACAUGGGUCCUGUAGUAUUGGUGCAUCACAGCUCCAGGCUUCAACCCUGAGCUCCUGUUAUUGUCUAUGUGGAGUUUUGCAUGUUCUCACUUGAGGUUCUUCUCCAGAUUCUCUGGUUUUUAUAAAUUGUAAACAUGUGUUCUGUACAAGGUGUAUUGCUGAAUUUCUCUGUCUUCUGCAAAGGCUCCUCUUCCACUGCAACCUUAACUAGGAUUAAGCAGUAACUGAAGGUGAAUGAAUGACCAAAUGAAUAAUUUCCGAAGUUUUUGUGUAAUUUAACAUACUAAGGACAUGAACUAAUAAUAUUAUAUUAUUUUAUCUUAAUUAAUUAAUUCAUAAUUUUAAACGUUUUGCAAAAUGUUACAUUAACCAACACUGUUGUAAGUGAAGAGAAAUAUACAUGUGUUCUGGUGUAUAAAAAAUCAUGACUGACGUCUUUUUGGUUUGCACUAU